AUGGAGGACGCUGACGAGCUGGCGUUGAACGUGCCGCCCUCCUGCUUGGACCGCGGCCCCCACCCGUUCGUCGCCGACCGCGCCGUGCGCUUCGUGUGCGCUUGCAACUACGCUGCGUACAGCGCGCUGGUCAUCGUCCUCGCCGUCCUCGUGAUGGGACUCGUCAGCUACCUGGUCGUCGUGCCGGGCCGAGGCAGCGUCGACUACACGCACCUGCGAUUCAACUUCACCGACGAAUCGCCCGACGGAUUCGAGGGUCUGGAUUUCUCGCCCACCCCUCAAACCGACGGAACAAUGGUCGUCCACGAGAGCGAUCUGUGCGGCUCGCUCGAGUGCAACCACGAAGCGGUGCGCAUUGUCGGCUCGCUCAACGCGUCCGUGGAUCCGUGCGACGACUUCUACGCCUACGUGUGCUCUGUCUGGAUGGACAAACACCGUCCCACGCAUGGCCAGGACAGGCGAUCCGUCGACGACGACCUCUUGGACAGCUACUCUCGGUUCCUGGUCAGUGUGCUGGGUCGCAACAACGCCGAGAUACCCGCUGCCAAGACCCUCUUUGACGCGUGCGUCGAACCGCCCGCCUCCCUGUUCAGAGACGUCGUCACCGCCUUCUUCUACAUGGUGGGUCUACAGCACUGGCCUUACUCGCCUUCGGAUAGGGUCCUGGCCAUAGACGUCGCUUCCAAGGUCGGCACACUUCACCGUCUCUUGGGACUGGACAGCCUAUUUCACCUCUCCGUCGUCGAGGAUCCUGAAGAUAAGUACACGUUCAUGUCCAUCGGCGAGCCCGAGCUGGUGUCCGGCUUCGUCGAAGGGUCCUCCGUCGCCGAGUUCGCCUUCUUGGCCAAGGCUCACGAGACGCUCAUGUCGUACUUGGGCAGGCCCUUGUCGACCAACGUGGCGGUGGUGGAGACGGACCUGGCGCGACGCAUGGCUCCAAGAAGGACUCCUAGUUGCUACGAGCUGCUGAGCCAAUGCACGACCGUGCACCUAGACCAGCUGCCGGAGUCUCGCGUAGUCCACUGGACGCUACUAGCUGAGGAAGCGUUCGGCGACCGCAUCUCGGCUGUGAACCGGUUCGUCAAGAUGCCCAACUACGAGUACCUGCUGACCUUCGGCAGCGACGUGCAGCAGACCCUGCGCAAGCCGGACAUUCUCAACUACCUGGCGUUCCGAGUCUGCAUGGCGCUCUCGCCACUCAUCGCCAAUGCCACCGUGCGCCACCGGCUUGCCUCCAUCGCGUACGGCCGCAACCCACGCGCUGCCCAGCCUCUGCUUCCCGAGCACUACUGCGUGCGUCUCUUGGACCGUUUCGAGGCGCCGCUCGUCAUGGCGUUGGCGUACGACCGGUCCAUCGCCCGACUUUCGUGGGACGUUGUCCAGGAGCUCGUUUUGGGUCACCUAAACGCCACGCUAGCCCGGCACCUCAGCUACGACUUCUCCCGCUGGUUCACGCGCGAGUUCGCCGAUCACGUGUCUCGACAGCUGACGCGCGUCUCGUGGGAGCCCCUGGUGCCUAAGAGGUUCUUCGGCAAGGAGUACCGGAGCAAGUAUCUGAGCGGACUCUACAAGGAGGACUCCAGCAACCAGCAUCUGACUUCCUUCUUCUACUUCUGGCUCCAGCGAGCCGUCAAGAGGGCGCGCGGCACUCUGGAGACGUCCGACGAGGACCUCAGGCCCGGCUGGAACAAGGGCUUCCUCAGAACGUGGCCGCACCUCGGCGCUCCGUUCAGACACCUGGAGAUCCCGCUGCCGGUGUUCGACUUCGGCAUGCCCCUCGACCGCAGGCUGCGCAAGUUUCACAUCGCCCGGGUCGGCACGCGCGUCUACUGGAGCCUCUUCAAGUACAUCUACUUCCUGGCGUACGGCUUCUACCUGAACACCACGUGGUCCGACCCGGCGUCCGUGUUCGAGAACCUGCGCGGGUGCCUACAGAAGGACUACGCCCGGAUGAGCGCUUCGGUGGGACGGUCUCCGCCCCACACACUGCUCCUCUUCGAGAAGACUUCGACCGCGGACAUGCUGGACGUGUUGGCAGUCGCCCUGGCCUACCAGUCCUUCGAGGAGUACAUGCUCAAGGAGGUCUCCAACUUCCGAUUCAAGGCGGCGCGCCAGUUCUCGCCGGAACAGCUGUUUUUCAUCUACUACGGCAUGAGCCACUGCGAGAACGCGAACCCGCUCUUCGAGAGCUGGCAGCAGGCGAGCGACGUCAGCUCGGCGUGGGCCCGUGUCAAUGGCCCCCUGAGACACGUGCCAGAAUUCGCGGCGGCCUUCAGCUGCGCCGUAGGUUCGUUCAUGAACCCGCACGACAAGUGCAGGCUAGAUGAAAUCGGCACCACCAUGCGCCAUCCUUAA